AUGGAGAUCCAGUUCUCGCUUCCCAUCAACACCGUUCGUGCCGCAACCUCCGUCGGGACGUCAACCGCAACAGGAAGGUCUGCGCAUGCUGCUGCGGCGAGAGGCGGCACUCAUCGUUUCGCCCUUGAAACCCGUACCCGGCAUACCCGGCGCAGCUCGACCAGGGCGCGCACGGGAUGCAGCACCUGUGAGAAGCGGCACGUCAAGUGUGACGAGACCAAGCCCUCGUGCCUCAAUUGCAUGAAAUGGCGUGGCUAUUGUGACGGUUACACCGAGAACCCUCCCGCUUCAUCAUCUUCAACCUCUCCCACCACCACAUCCGCUCCCUCCGAACAAUCAUCACGCCCAACGACCGCCGCAACCUACCGCUCCACUUCCACCGUCAACUCUAGCUCCACGCUUAGCUCCAGCACUUCGAUCAGCUCCAGUACUUCGUUCAGCUCCUCCUCCACGAGCAUUGCAACGUCAGAUAUCAAGGUUACCACGGGCUCCACCGCCGUCGUUAGACCAAGGACACCGCCGAUCCUCGAGGAACCCACUGUCAACACCGUCUGCUUCGCCAAUAGCGAUCAACGCGCCUACUUUGACGAGUGGUCCAACCUCACCAUCAACUUCUUGAGUGGCGGCCUCGGGAAUUCGCGACUAUGGACGAUUACAAUGCCUCAACUUACACUACAAGAGCCCACGUUGAGAUAUGCGGCCAUGGCUGUUGGUGCCCUGCGCAAGGCCUCUAAUGUCGAGUUUGAGGCUUCAUCACCUAAUGACGACCUCAUGAGCGAUAACAAACACUACCUCAAUGCCAUAAUCUACUACUGCGAGGCCCUUCGCCUCCAGUCCAAGGCCCGACCAUCGAAAGAAGGCCUCCGCACGGCCAUGCUAUCGUCACUCCUCUUUAUCUGCUUCGAGACGCAAAGGGGGAACAUGCCAGCCGCCCUCAAGCAUGUCACCCAUGGCUUUAGUAUGCUCAAUGAGCUUGCUGCUUGCUCCGAAAAGGCACCCGACCUGGUCAGCAUUGCUCCCGCGCCCCCUGCGCUGGUCCAGGAGAUUCUGGAUUGUUACAAGCCUCUGGAGUUGCAGUCACGUUCGUUCAUGGGGUCAUAUAGGAAGUUCUUCUUCCCCCCUAAACCAACUGCACCCGCCUCCAGUGACCCUCUCGCAAGUCGAAGUUCCAGCCCUGGUGGUCCCAUGUCUGCCUCCAGCCCACCCAGUCAGCCAGGUUCGCCAUGGACGAGUUCUCCAACCCAACAAGUACCGACAGGCCUUCCCAGUCCCCAAAGUCAAGGAAGCCCAUGGAGUACGUCAGAUCAACAGACGCCUCCACGGGCGGCUCAGGGCCCUCCACAAAGACCGCCAGGGAUUGCCCCCUUUACCAAGUAUUCUCCCUACUUCAAGCCCCGAAUUACGAGCAUCACGAAUAUCGAGGACAUGCCUCCGACAUUCGGCAGUUUUGAGGAAGCUCGUGACUAUUGGAGUCUGCUCCAGAGGCAAAUGGUUGGACACGUCCCCAUGCUUACCGUGGUAACGGCGCAGCUUGGCCUCACCAAGGUCAAGGACAUGGGGGAGCUCGAGACGAAGCUAUCGAGCGUGACGAAAAAUCCCAGGAUCUCCAAGUUUGUUGAUGAAUCACGGUAUUGGCUGCAGAGGUGGUCACAGUCAUUUGAUCCCCUGUUUCAGUCUGUUUCCAACAACCGGCAGAACGACAUGCAGCCAUACUUGGUGGCCAUCAACCUACGUGUCGAGUUCCUGAUUCUUUACAUUUACACCGCCAUGCCGCGAUAUACUGGCAUUGAUAAGGCUCGCGAGCUUACACCGUAUUACCAAGAGAUCAACACAUUGGCCGAGCUAUUGAUCUCGUGCCGUCCCAGCUGCGGUUUCGCAAUGGACUCGGGCUGGACCUGGCCACUUUUUGUCUCGUCAUUCGGAUGCCGGGAUGAUUCCGUGCGAGACGAAGCGAUCCGCAUUCUGGGUCAAUAUCCCAUCCGCAACGCCUUGCGCGACAGCCGAGUCUUCCGAGCGAUUGCGAUCAAGAACCGCGAGGUCGAGAUGAUGAACUCGAUGGAAGGCAACGAACACGAACAGUGGCUACGACUCAGGAGACGAGAAAUUGUGUUUGAGGAUCUGGGGACCAACAUCAUCUUCCGAUCGGCUCAGAAGAACCCAGCCACCGGCGAAUGGGAGCUUGUCGAGGAAGCGUCGGCCUUCCUGGUCCGCCCCGAUGGACUCCUUGACUGGCACAGACAACCCGUUUCGGACUCGGCCUCGAUCCUCUCGGGCGUCUGUUAA